CGCGCACGGCGGCGCGGCCGCCUGGCCCAGCAGGUGACCGCGGGCCGGGGCUGGAGCCGGAGCGGAUAGCCGGCGGCGCGGCGGGGAGACGGCGCGCGGGGCCGGGCGAAGUUUGCCGGAACAUGGCGGAAGAGCCUGGGGCGCGCAGGAGCGCGGCGCGGCGGCGUCCGGAGCCCCGGGAGUUGUAGCCGCCGUAGCCGCAGCAGCCGCCGCGGGGCGAGGUCGCCGCCAUGGCCCGUUGGAUCCCGACCAAGAGGCAGAAGUACGGGGUUGCGAUCUAUAACUACAACGCCUCUCAAGAUGUGGAGCUGUCCCUGCAGAUCGGAGACACGGUUCACAUCCUGGAGAUGUAUGAGGGUUGGUACAGAGGAUAUACCCUCCAAAAUAAAUCGAAGAAGGGUAUUUUCCCGGAAACGUAUAUCCAUCUGAAAGAAGCCACUGUGGAAGACCGCGGGCAACAUGAGACCGUGAUUCCCGGGGAGCUCCCACUGGUGCAGGAGCUCACCUUGACAUUGCGGGAAUGGGCUGUCAUCUGGCGCAAGCUCUACGUGAGCAACAAGAUCAUGCUCUUCCGCCAACUGCAGCAGAUGACGUACAGCCUGAUUGAGUGGCGGUCCCAGAUUCUGUCUGGAACCCUGCCCAAGGACGAACUGGCAGAGCUCAAGAAGAAGGUCACUGCCAAAAUCGAUCAUGGGAACAGAAUGCUGGGCUUGGAUCUGGUCGUGCGGGACGACAACGGGAACAUCUUGGACCCGGAUGAAACCAGCACCAUCGCCCUCUUCAAGGCGCAUGAAAUGGCCUCGAAAAGGAUUGAAGAAAAGAUCCAGGAAGAGAAGUCCAUCCUGCAGAACCUGGACUUACGGAGCCAAUCCAUCUUCAGUGCUGUCCACACCUACGGCCUGUAUGUCAACUUCAAGAACUUUGUCUGCAACAUCGGGGAAGAUGCAGAGUUGCUCAUGGCUCUCUAUGACCCGGACCAGUCCACGUUCAUCAGUGAGAACUACCUGAUUCGUUGGGGCAGCAGUGGAAUGCCCAAGGAAAUAGAGAAGCUCAACAAUCUUCAGGCGGUCUUUACUGACCUCAGCAGCACAGACCUCAUCCGGCCCCGCAUCAGCCUCGUGUGCCAAAUUGUCCGGGUCGGCCACAUGGAGCUGAAGGAGGGCAAAAAGCACACCUGUGGACUCCGAAGACCCUUUGGAGUGGCAGUGAUGGAUAUUACCGAUAUCAUACAUGGGAAGGUGGAUGAUGAAGAAAAGCAGCAUUUUAUUCCCUUUCAGCAAAUUGCCAUGGAAACCUAUAUCCGGCAGAGGCAGCUAAUCAUGUCGCCCCUGAUAACAUCCCAUGUGAUUGGGGAGAAUGAGCCGCUCACUUCAGUCUUGAAUAAGGUGAUAGCAGCCAAGGAAGUCAAUCACAAAGGACAAGGACUUUGGGUUUCGUUGAAGCUAUUGCCAGGGGAUCUCACGCAGGUUCAGAAAAACUUCUCACACUUAGUGGAUAGAUCCACAGCAAUCGCCCGGAAAAUGGGCUUUCCUGAAAUAAUCCUUCCAGGAGACGUUCGGAAUGAUAUUUAUGUCACCCUGAUCCACGGGGAGUUUGACAAAGGGAAAAAGAAGACACCGAAGAACGUGGAGGUGACCAUGUCUGUGUAUGAUGAGGAGGGCAGGCUCUUGGAGAAAGCAGUUCAUCCUGGUGCUGGGUACGAAGGCAUUUCUGAGUACAAGUCAGUGGUCUACUACCAAGUCAAGCAGCCCUGUUGGUAUGAAACUGUGAAGGUAUCCAUUGCUAUAGAAGAGGUCACACGCUGUCAUAUAAGAUUUACCUUCCGACACAGGUCGUCUCAGGAAUCCAGAGAUAAAUCAGAGCGCGCCUUUGGGGUGGCCUUCGUGAAGCUGAUGAACCCGGAUGGCACCACUCUGCAGGAUGGGAGGCACGAUCUGGUGGUUUAUAAGGGUGACAACAAGAAAAUGGAAGAUGCCAAGUUCUACCUGAGCCUGCCUGGAACCAAGGCAGAGAUGGAAGAAAAGGAGCUCCAAGCAUCCAAAGCCUUAGCCAACUUUACACCAACCAAGGAUAGCACAAAAGAUAGCUUUCAGAUCGCCACACUCAUCUGCUCUACAAAGCUCACCCAGAACGUUGACCUGUUAGGCCUGUUAAAUUGGCGUUCGAACUCCCAGAACAUUAAACACAACUUAAAGAAGUUAAUGGAGGUGGAUGGAGGAGAGAUUGUUAAGUUUUUGCAAGAUACGCUCGAUGCACUUUUUAACAUAAUGAUGGAAAUGUCAGACAAUGAAACAUACGACUUCCUUGUGUUUGAUGCACUGGUGUUUAUUAUUUCACUGAUAGGAGACAUCAAGUUCCAGCAUUUUAAUCCGGUCCUGGAGACCUAUAUCUACAAACAUUUCAGUGCCACUCUGGCCUAUGUGAAACUCUCCAAGGUACUGAACUAUUACGUGGCGAAUGCAGAUGACUCCAGCAAGACAGAGUUGCUUUUUGCCGCCUUGAAAGCCUUAAAGUACUUGUUCCGAUUCAUCAUCCAAUCCAGAGUGCUCUACUUGAGAUUUUAUGGCCAGAGCGAAGAUGGAGAUGAAUUUAGUAACUCAAUCCGCCAGUUAUUUCUUGCUUUCAAUACACUGAUGGACAGGCCUCUGGAGGAAGCUGUCAAGAUCAAGGGGGCAGCCUUGAAGUACCUUCCUAGCAUCAUUAAUGAUGUCAAACUUGUGUUUGAUCCUGUGGAGCUCAGUGAGCUCUUCUGCAAGUUCAUCCUGAGCAUCCCUGACAACCAGUUAGUUCGACAGAAGCUGAACUGCAUGGCUAAGAUAGUAGAGAGCAAUCUUUUCCGGCAGUCAGAGUGCAGAGAUGUGCUGCUGCCCCUGCUGAUAGACCAGCUCAGCGGCCAGUUAGACGACAACUCCAGCAAGCCUGACCAUGAGGCCAGCUCGCAGCUUCUGAGCUACAUCCUGGAAGUGCUGGACAGGAAGGAUGUGGGCCCCACAGCGAUGCACAUCCAGCUGAUAAUGGAACGGCUGCUGAGAAGGAUUAACCGGACCGUCAUUGGGAUGAGCCGACAGUCUCCCCACAUUGGGAGUUUUGUUGCCUGCAUGAUUGCCAUCCUGCGGCAGAUGGACGACAGCCACUACAGCCACUAUAUCAGCACUUUCAAAACCAGACAAGACAUCAUCGACUUCCUCAUGGAAACUUUUAUCAUGUUUAAGGAUCUAAUUGGAAAGAAUGUAUAUGCCAAAGACUGGAUGGUCAUGAAUAUGAUGCAGAGCAGAGUUUUCCUCCGUGCCAUAAACCAGUUUGCUGAGGUUCUCACAAAAUUCUUCAUGGAUCAGGCAAGCUUUGAACUUCAGCUCUGGAACAAUUACUUCCAUUUGGCAGUAGCAUUUCUCACCCAUGAGUCCCUUCAGCUUGAAACCUUCUCACAAGCCAAGCGCAACAAAAUUGUGAAAAAGUAAAUAUGGGACAUGAGAAAGGAAAUCGGCUUUAGGAUCCGGGACAUGUGGUAUAACCUGGGUCCCCACAAAAUCAAAUUCAUCCCGUCCAUGGUGGGUCCCAUUCUGGAGGUCACACUGACCCCUGAAGUAGAGCUCCGGAAAGCCACCAUCCCCAUUUUCUUUGAUAUGAUGCAGUGUGAGUUCAAUUUCAGUGGAAAUGGCAAUUUCCAUAUGUUUGAGAAUGAGUUGAUCACAAAGCUGGACCAAGAGGUUGAAGGGGGCAGAGGAGAUGAACAAUACAAGGUCCUUCUGGAAAAACUGCUCCUAGAACACUGCCGGAAACAUAAAUACCUCUCCAGCUCCGGAGAAGUAUUCGCGCUCCUGGUCAGCAGCCUCUUAGAGAAUCUCUUGGACUACAGAACCAUCAUCAUGCAUGAUGAGAGCAAGGAAAACCGCAUGAGCUGUACUGUGAACGUGCUGAAUUUUUACAAAGAAAAGAAGAGAGAAGACAUCUACAUAAGGUAUUUGUACAAGCUUCGGGAUUUGCACCGGGACUGUGAGAACUACACCGAAGCUGCCUACACGCUCCUCCUCCAUGCUGAGCUCCUGCAGUGGUCCGACAAGCCCUGUGUACCCCAUUUGCUUCAGAGGGACAGUUACUAUGUAUAUACCCAGCAAGAGCUUAAAGAGAAGCUGUAUCAAGAAAUCAUAUCAUAUUUUGACAAAGGCAAAAUGUGGGAGAAGGCAAUUAAGUUGAGCAAAGAGUUGGCGGAGACGUAUGAGAGCAAAGUAUUCGACUACGAGGGUCUGGGCAAUCUCCUGAAAAAAAGAGCCUCGUUUUAUGAGAACAUCAUCAAGGCAAUGAGGCCUCAGCCUGAAUACUUUGCUGUCGGAUACUACGGCCAAGGCUUUCCUUCUUUCCUGCGGAACAAAAUCUUCAUCUACCGGGGGAAGGAGUACGAGCGGCGUGAAGACUUCAGCCUGAGGCUGCUGACCCAGUUCCCCAACGCCGAGAAGAUGACCAGCACCACGCCCCCGGGAGAGGACAUCAAGUCAUCCCCAAAACAGUAUAUGCAGUGUUUCACCGUAAAGCCAGUGAUGAGCCUGCCACCCAGCUAUAAGGAUAAACCAGUUCCAGAGCAGAUCUUAAACUACUACAGAGCCAAUGAAGUACAGCAGUUCCAGUAUUCUCGGCCAUUCCGGAAAGGAGAGAAGGAUCCCGACAAUGAGUUUGCUACUAUGUGGAUUGAAAGGACCACGUAUACAACUGCCUAUAGCUUCCCUGGGAUUCUCAAGUGGUUUGAAGUCAAACAGAUUUCAACAGAGGAAAUCAGUCCUCUGGAGAAUGCCAUUGAAACCAUGGAGCUCACCAAUGAGAAGAUCAGCAACUGUGUCCAGCAGCACGCCUGGGACCGCUCCCUCUCCGUGCACCCCCUCUCCAUGCUGCUCAGUGGCAUCGUGGACCCAGCUGUCAUGGGGGGCUACUCCAACUAUGAGAAGGCUUUUUUUACGGAAAAGUACUUGCAGGAGCAUCCUGAAGACCAGGAGAAGAUUGAGCUGCUAAAGCGACUGAUAGCUUUACAGAUGCCUCUGCUGACAGAGGGCAUCCGCAUCCACGGGGAGAAGCUGACGGAGCAGCUGAAGCCAUUGCACGACCGGCUGUCCUCCUGCUUCCGGGAACUCAAGGAGAAAGUGGAAAAGCUCUAUGGGGUUAUAACGCUGCCACCGAACUUGACCGAGAGGAAACAGAGCCGCGCAGGAUCCAUCGUGCUCCCUUACAUCAUGUCGUCUACACUGCGGAGACUGUCCAUCACCUCCGUGGCUUCCUCUGUGAUCUCCACCUCUUCUAAUUCCUCGGAUAAUGCUCCUUCCAGACCCGGAUCUGAUGGGUCAAUUCUGGAGCCGCUUUUGGAGCGCAGGGCCUCGUCCGGGGCCAGAGUUGAAGAUCUGUCACUCAGAGAGGACAGUGAGAACCGGAUCGGCAAGUUCAAGAGAAAAGACUGGAGUCUGAGCAAGUCCCAGGUCAUAGCAGAGAAAGCACCAGAACCUGAUCUGCUGAGCCCAGCCAGAAAAGCACAAAGGCCAAAGAGUCUCCAGUUGUCGGACAGUCGGCUGACACCGUUUCAUGGCUCUUCUCCUCAGCCAACAGCCCUGAGCCCACCUCCACUCACUCCUAAAUCAACCAGGACCCUGAGCUCCCCAUCGUUGCAGACAGAUGGGCUGAUGACAGCUACUGUCCCACCACCCCCUCCCCCCAAAAGCAAGCCCUAUGAGAGCAGCCAGAGGAACUCCACAGAGGUGGCGCCCCCACUGCCCGUCCGCAGAGACGCCAAAGCCCCACCCCCACCACCUCCCAAAGCGCGGAAAUCUGGCAUCCUUUCUGCUGAGCCUGGAUGCCAGUAAGGAUCUCCUUCUCUCUCUGGAACUCUUGAGCGCCUUGGACCACUGACGCCUGAGAGCUGGCCUCCAGGAGGCAGGAUCCUCGUUGCAAGGCUCCUGCUGGCUGCCUUUCCUGAUUUGGGAUUGAAGUUCACCAGCUCAAAAAUGGGUUUUGUUCCUUUGAAAACUUCUCAGAUUGAGGCCUGAGGCCAUGCUCUAUCGCCUCCAGUCCACGUGGAAUUCUAGAAUUGGCCAUGACACCCCAGCCUCCAACACAGUGACACUGGGGGCUACAAAAGCCUGGAUCCGUUCUUUAGUGGGGGUGGUGGAGCCAUCCCAGGAACCUCCUUGGAGGAAUUUCUUGCUUUGCUUCUGAAAAGCUGCGCUUAUUAAGACUUUGUUUUCUCACGUGGAUGUACCCUAUUUCCUGUGACGUAUUGGAAGAGAGUGAGAUCAAGGAUUUUGGAAGCUGGAAUAAUCUAUCUUUCUGAGGCCGACUGUGUCUCUUUUGCAGAAAAGAACAUCUUUUGAAUGGAGAUCGGCUGCUUCCAAGUAUGAACGACAGUCAUUGAAAAACCGUGGACUCGGUCAUAGCCCUGAGCUCCUGUGUCCCUCCCACACCUCCCUGUGGUGUGGGAGAGCUGCCCCUGACCCCCCUCCCAUCCCCAGGAGUCCCUCACACUCCCAACUAAUGUCCCUUACUGCACAGCAGUCACUCCAUCCUACCAUGGACUCCGGAAGCUCUUUCUUUAAUAUACAGUUUCUUGUUCUGUUACCUCCUCUGAGCUCAGAUCACUGGAUAUGAGGGACUUAGACGCCCGGAUUCAGCAGCCUCUCUUCAGAUCCCAUUGGGAUGGCUCAGCGGCCCCUGUCUGCGACCUGAUUUUACCCUGGAGAAUACAGUGCAAUAUCUCUCUUUGAUUAUUGAUUCCUCUUGAUUAUGGGAUUAAUUUGAUUACAUGCUUAUGAUAUUAAUGUCAAUAUUCUCAGAAGAAAAAGUGGGGUGAUUUGGGAGUUCCCUACUGUCUCUUGGUUAAGGAUCUGGCAUAGUCACUGCAGCGGCUCAGGUCACUGCUAUGGCUCAGGUUUGAUCCCUGGCCUGGGAACUUCCACAUGCCUAGAGCACGGCCUCUAAAAAAGAAAAAGGGGGGGGGUGAUUUUAGAGGAUCAGAUAUUACCGACACAUAUGUAAAUAGGCACACAAAGUUAAAGAUGUUUUAAGCUGGAAGGGCCUUAGAGGAUAUAUAAACACCCCCCUCAUUUUGUAGAGAAGGAAAUAGAGGCUAAACACAGAAAAUGCUACUAUCGAUUGCUGCUAAUAACUCAGCUUGCUCAUUGAGGCUACACCCACAUACCAUCUAGAAGGCAACCCUGACAGAUUCUUUAAUCCCUCCCCCUAGUUGGAAGAACAGCAGAAAUGUCCCAGAUAGGUCUGUUCUACCAUGAUGUUUCGGGCAAAAUGGACAACUUUUUGACUGUGGAUCCCCUGGGACAGCCUGGCCAGAUCCCCCUUCCUUCAAGGUAAACAGAAGAGAGAGAUUUCACCUCUGAGAAUCUGGGUUUGCUUGCCUGCCUCCUUGUGUGCCUGUUUCUGUCUUUAAAGAGAGACGUAUGAACUCAUCAUGGGGUCAAAGGAAGUGAAAACCUCUGAGACAUGUACCAGCGUUGCGCAGGAAAUUAGUAUGCAUCUUGGAAAGUGCUGCAUUCUUUUCUUGACCCCACCCGGGAGCUCCUGCAACAUGGUGUAACCGAAAGAAACCUGGGCUCUGGAGGUAACCCGUUUGGGUUUGAAUCGAUCCAGCUCUGUCAUCUUACCAGCUUUGCAAACUCCUUCAAAUUAUUUGAAAUUCCCUCGAGCUUUCAUUUCUUCACCUUUCAAAAGGAGGAUAAUACCUACCACACAGGCUUGCUGUGGGGGUCAGAUGAGACCAAAUAGGUGAAGUAGGUGCUCCCGAAAGGGGCCUUUCUUGUCUCUGCUGGGCCCAAGUAAGAUCAGAAACUCCCUAUAAGCAUGAUUGAUGUUCGUUUUUUUGUUUUUUUUUUAAGAUAAUUUGGAACAUGAGACGUUGAAUACAGGUUAGUUCUGCACGUAACAGUCCUCUCCAAAAGGUGGCAUCUUAUAUAAUUAUGUAUGACUCGAGACAAAGUGCUCAUUAUACCUGGAGAGGAUUGUAAGUAGCAAAAAAAAAAGAGAAUGAAGAGCAGGAAGGGACAGGUUCUGCAGGGCUGAUCUGGAGCCUGGAGCAGCUUCUGAGAAGUUUCCAGGCCGCGUGGCUGGAGGGGAGUUGUGUGCCUCACUCCAUUUUCCAGGCUGCCAUUAAAAUAGAAGGAUAUAAACUAGAUCACAAAGAAAAUUAACCUGCAGCAUGUCCCUUCCAAGCGGUGGGGAUGGGUCCUGCAGCCUAGUCCUUGGUCAGAGGCUGGGGACGUUGAAAACACUGAUGCCCAAAUACCUUCCCUAUUUUAACGUAAUGUUUCCCAUAGAAUUCCCUUCCCAUGUUAAUGGAAAUACUAUGUCUCUUGUGCCUGAAUGCAAAGGAUUCCAGGUAACAUUAUGAAUAAUAGGUCACGGGGUGGGGGACAGGGGCAUUGGAAAGUUCGUCUCCUUGGGAAGCCAUUGGGACCAGAAAAAUUCAUAUUUGACCAGGGAUCCUAAAUCAUGUCUGUCCUGAAGUCAAAGAGGGAGACUGCAGGAGUUCCCAUUGUGGCUCAGCAUUUAGCAAACCCAACUGGCAUCCAUGAGGAUGCGGGUUCAAUCCCUGUCCUCGCUUAGUGGGUUAAGUAUAUGGCGUUGCCAUGAGCUGUGGUGCAGGUUGCAGACGAGGCUCGGAUCCCGCAUUGCUGUGGCUGUGGUGUAGCACAGUGGCUACAGCUCUGAUUGGACCCCCUAGCCCGGGAACCUUCAUGUGCCAAGGAUGUGGCCCUAAAAAGCCGAAAAAACACAAAACAACAACAACAAAAAGAGACUGCAAAGAAAUGCCUUAGGAUGACCUUAAAUGCAGGAGCGCUGAGGGGAAGGGAAUAAAAAGAGAAAGAACUUGGUUUUAUUUUCCUUGAUAAGAGCUCUAAAGUAUUGAAAGACCUUAAAAAUAGCCCCCAGAUUGUCACAACUUUUGUGGAUAUUGGUUUAUGGGAAUUUUUUUUUAAUCCCUUUUUUUCUUCUCUCUCUUUGUGAUCUGGUGACUUGUCUUGCUUCCAAGAAUUGUUUCAUUAAGCAUAUAUUAAGCUCUUCACUGAACGCCAGACAGUCCUAGACCCCCAACCUGUGGCGAUUCAGUGUGUUCAAAGGAAACAGCCCCAGGAUGCAAGGACUGUUGUGUGCGUGGGAUUGGCGAGUGAGUAGCGUUUAACAACAGGGAACCCUAAAUAAGGCUGCUGGGCCAUGGGUGGCCUCCCCCUCCUCCACCUUCAUGUUUUGAUUCUAGAAAUAGUCAUUUUCUCCUAUCAGACCCAUUAAAAGCACCUGCCACUUGGAAGUUCCUGUUGUGGCUCAACGGUAAUAACCCCGUCUAGUAUCCAUGAGGACAAGGGUUUGAUCCCUGGCCUCGCUUAGUGGGUUAAGGAUCCAGCGUUGCUGUGAGCUGUGGUAUAGGUUGCAGACACGGCUUGGAUCCUGCGUUGCUAUGGCUGUGGCUGUGGCCUAGGCCAGCAGCUGUAGCUCUGAUUCAACUCCUAGCCUGGGAACUUCCAUUUGCCAUGGGUGCAGUCCUAAAAAGCAAAAAAACAAAAACAGAGCUAGAGCAGGAUUUGAGAUAGCAGUCUACUUUGCUGACUCUUUCCAAGCUUCAAGAGUCCUUCCCCUCUCCUUGCCCCCAGAUCAUGGGGGUGAUUUCUUGUUUUUAAAUUGAGAAUAACUUCCAUAUGGUUAAAGGCACAAACCUGAGGUAUAUGGAUGGAUGUGCUUUUUAGCACAGUGUACACCCAUAUCCUCACCUCUCAGAUCAUUCCAGCCCCACAGAAAUUUCCCUUGGGUCCAGGCUGUCAUUUUAUAAAAGGUAUUUAGAAGGCCCUUCCAUGUGCAACUUCCUUCCUCUCACUUCUCAGGUAAAAUGAAAAGGGGAAACAAAGCCCACCAUCCACACCAAACAAGAGCAUACCUUUUGGCAAGGCAGUUUCUACUUGCUCCCUGGGUCUCAAUUUCCUCCUGAAAAAAAAAAAAAAACCAUAUAUUUGAGGUGACGUGAUGUUUAGCAUCCUUUUAGCAUCCUUUCUUUUAUUCUAAGUGAAUGAAAAGGAGAGUCAGAAGAAACCUAAGUUUCUCUUUAAAGGCUUUUAGGUCUAUAUGACUGGGUAGGAUUUUUUAAAUUAUGUUGGAAAAGGUAAGUUCUUCUUUGAGUGGGUUGAGAGUGGAACUAUCAGUUCUAAACUACAAAAGGGGAGAGUUUUCCUUUCAAGCAGGUAAUUUCAGGCUCAUUCUUACCAUCCAGCCAAGGCUCAUCUCCUUUAUUCACUGCCCACACUCAUCCAUUAGUCACAUUUUCUGAGCUGUUCAUCCAAAUAUGUCAAAAGCUCAGUUGCCUUGAUUUUGUGAACUAGUUGGGGUUUGAACACAAAGAGUUGAAAGGAUGUGCAUUGAAGUAGAAAAAUUUUGUUCAGAUUUGCUGUUAUUUAUUUUUUAAAUUAAAAAUGGAAAUGUAUUU